AUGAGACAGUCAAACCAGACACAGGUGACUGAAUUCUUCCUCCUGGGACUCUCUGAUGACCCAUUCACCCAGAAACUGCUGUUUGUCUUAUUACUGGGUGUCUACAUGGUCACUGUGCUUGGAAAUCUGCUUCUGAUGUCCCUUGUUCAGGUUGACUCCCGACUUCACACACCCAUGUAUUUUUUUCUCUGCAAUUUGUCUCUGGCUGACCUCUGUUUCUCUACCAACAUCAUUCCUCAGGCCCUCGUUCACCUGCUAUCCAAGAAGAAGGCCAUUUCAUUCAUACGUUGUGCAGCUCAGCUUCUACUCUUCCUCAUUUUUGGGGGUACACAGUGUGCUCUUCUAGCAGUGAUGUCCUGUGAUCGAUAUGUGGCCAUUUGCAAUCCUUUGCAUUACUCUAACAUCAUGACCUGGACAGUGUGUUUUCAGCUGGCCAUGGCAUCAUGGACCAGUGGCAUUCUGGUGUCUGUUGUGAAUACCACCUUCAUACUAAGGCUACCCUACCGAGGCAGCAAUAGCAUUGCUCAUUUCUUUUGUGAGGCCCCUGCACUGUUGGUCCUGGCAUCCACCGACACCCACACUUCAGAGAUGACCAUUUUUUUUGUGGGGGUCGUGGUCCUUCUCAUACCUGUUUCCCUAAUUUUGGUAUCCUAUGGCCUUAUUAUAGUGACUGUGGUCAGGAUGAAGUCAGCUGCUGGGAGGCUCAAGGCAUUCUCUAAUUGUGGCUCCCACCUCAUAGUGGUCAUCCUUUUUUAUGGGUCAGGAAUUAUCACCUACAUGACACCAAAGUCUUCCAAAGAGCAGGAAAAGAUAGUGUCUUUGUUCUAUGCAGUGGUGACCCCCAUGAUCAAUCCCCUCAUCUACAGCCUGAGGAACAAGGAUGUGAAGGGAGCUCUGAGAAAAGUAACCACAAGGAAUUUCCCAUCCAGCUUUGGGAUCUACCACUGAUUUUGAGCUCAGAGACCCUGCUGCUCCCUACUAGUAAGACUUAAUGAGUAGUCACCUUUCUUGUGAAUCUGGAACAUGGUAAGAGGCUCAUCUUAGGGCCUUGUCCUUGGAUACACUCUCCAUCCGUCAUCCGGGAUUUCCUUUGUAGAAGGAGAAGGACAAUAACUCAUGGAGCAAUAAGAAGGUGUGUUUGCUUCCUUCUGGGUGGUCUUUUUCAUCUAAGGGUUAAGAACUCUCUGGAGAAGCAUUCACAAUUUAUAAUCCCUAGAACCUGUAAAAUAUGUUUGUUUGUUUUUUUUUGUUGUUGUUGUUGUAUGUUACUAUAUCUCUGUCUCAGAUACUGUUUCAACCCCUUUAUUGUUUGAUAUUCCUGAAUCUCUGCAUCAUCGGGUAAUCAAAAAUUAACAAACGUUAUUGUCAGGUGCUGUCAAGUUGAUUCCGACUCGUAGUAACUCCAUGUGGCAGAGUAGAACUGCCUCAUAGGGUUUACUGUGCUAUAAUCUUUACGGAUCCAGAUCACCAGAUCUUUCUCCUGCAGAGCUGCUGGGUGGGUUUGAUCUGCCAACCAUUUGGUUAGCAGCCAGACAUUUCACCAUUGUGCCACCAGUGCUCCAUCAACAAACAUUAAUCACUUACUAUGACUAGAUGCUGUGUGAGUGUGUGUGUGUGUGUGCGCGCGCGCGUGAUGUGGGUAGUGGAGAGCAUGGGUACAAUGAAGCAGAACAUAUGACCUGUGCUGUCCUUCUCACACUCUUCUUAGAAACAU